GCCACGCCUACUCCCCGCGAUGCGUCCGACUCCUCUACAGACAUGGACGAUGUCAUCGCCGGGAGGACCCCUUGUGCGCCCAACGCCGUGAUUUUCGGCCGCGGCACAUUUGACACGGGGAAUCUUGGUGUGUGGGUUGGUCCCUUCCUGAAGGACGGCCUGCUCAAGGAGUUCAACGGCCGUGUCCACGUGCAGGGCGUGAACCCGGAAGACUACCCGGCGGAGCUGCCGGGCUAUGUGGAAGGUGGGAGCGAGACUUGUGCGAACGCAUGUGCGAAAACGAUUGAUGAUUACGCCGUUGCGUGUCCAAACGCCAACAUCUUCAUAUCGGGGUGGAGCCAGGGCGCCCUCUGUGCUCGCAAAUGCGUCAAUCGUGUCGGCGACGCAGGUAAGGCCCGUCUCAAGGCAAUGGCAACCUUUGGCGACGAAAGCGCGCUGAUGGACUCGCCUCAACCCGUUCCUGCUGGCCUCCCAUUCAAGCUCUUCUGCGUCGAGGACACCGCCGCACCCGACGUCCUCUGCACUUCAACGCUCACAUCGGGCAUCCACCUCCCUACUUCUGUGGACGAAUUCAAUGAGGUCAUGAACCAGGCCUUCACCCAGUUGAAAGCCAUCGCUUCGAAUCCUGGUCAAACCGCUGCCGUGCUGAAGCUGCCUGUGCAGCUAGCGUCUGGGCUGCUGGAUUCUGGCGUCUUUAAGGCUUUUAUGAAGGAUCUGCUUACCGGGAAGGUUAGGCGGUGGCUGGUGUUGCCGCCGCAUUUCAAGUAUGGGAAUAACGGGGAUGCAGCGAAAGCGGCAGCAUGGUUGGCC